AUAGCUUAACCUGGAAGGCCAGGAAAAUCCAAAGGCUGGAAGAUCAAAAGGAGACAAGAGGGCAGAAGGGUAAAAUCAAGACUCAAAAGAAAAAGAGACCACCUGGAGAAGGGCCACAGGGCAGCAAAACAACCCGAAACAGUCGCAAACCAGGCAGUGGGGGGGAAGACCUCAAGGUGGGGUACCAAGCAGGAGUAGACUAUGUCUGACGAUCAAUGUGAUACGGAUAGCUUUGAAGAUCUAGAACCUGAACCAUCCUAUAGAAGAGGACGGAGGAAGCCGAAAACUUCCCGUUCUUGUCGGGCAGGGUUGAUAUUCCCAGUCAGCCGGAUCGACCGAUUCCUUCGGAAAGGAGAUUACGCCGAACGCAUCGGCUCGGGAGCCUCCGUCUACAUGGCUGCCGUGCUUCAGUACCUGACGUACGACCUGGUGGACAUUGCCGGAAACAUCGCGAUGGGGGCCUGCCGACGUCGAAUCGCUCCCAGCCAUUUGAAUCAAGCGGUCAGCGGUGAUUCUGAACUCCAGUCUCUGUUUGGAGGGGUUCUGACUCAGGAGAAGAACUGUCCGAAGAAAUCAUCUGCUACCUCUUCCAGAAAGGGGAAGAAGUCCAGCAAGGGUCUACGAGCUCCGAACGUCAUUGUUGCGUAAACAAAAGUGGUGCCAUUUAUCCAGACAUGGGGUGAAAUCUUUUUAAUAUCCAACAGAGUGCAGAAAUAAACGCGGCUCUGAAGAUGG